UCGUCUUCGUCGUCUUCAUUAUCUUCAUCGUCUUCGUCGUCUUCAUCCUCAUCAUCCUCAUCGUCUUCGUCGUCUUCAUCAUCCUCAUCGUCUUCGUCGUCUUCAUUAUCUUCAUUGUCUUCGUCGUCUUCAUCAUCAUCAUCCUCAUCGUCUUCGUCGUCUUCAUUAUCUUCAUCGUCUUCGUCGUCUUCAUCAUCAUCAUCCUCAUCGUCUUCGUCGUCUUCAUCAUCAUCUUUCUCAUCGUCUUCGUCGUCUUCAUUAUCUUCAUUGUCUUCACCGUCUUCAUCUUCAUCGUCUUCGCCGUCUUCAUUAUCUUCGUCGUCUUCGUCUUCAUCGUCUUUGCCUCUUCGUCUUAAAUCAUCGUCUUCAUCGUCUUCAUCGCCUUCAUCAUCAUCUUCAUCGUCGUCUUCAUCGUCUUCAACAUCGUCUUCAUCGUCUACGUCGUCUUCGUCCUCUUCAUCGUCUUCGUCGUCUUCACCAUCCUCAUCGUCUUCGUCGUCUUCAUUAUCUUCAUUGUCUUCGCCGUCUUCAUCUUCAUCGUCUUCGCCGUCUUCAUUAUCUUCGUCGUCUUCGUCGUCUUCAUCGUCUUCAUUGUCUUCAUCGUCUUCGCCGUCUUCAUCUUCAUCGUCUUUGACGUCUUCAUCAUCUUCGUCUUCAUCAUCUUCUUCGUCUUCUUCGUCUUCAUCAUCAUCAUCGUCUUCGUCGUCUUCAUCGUCUUUGUCGUCUUCAUCAUCUUCAUCGUCUUCAUCAUCAUCAUCAUCUUGA